GUAGACUCUGGAGGUAUGAUUACUGUACAUGGCCAUCGAUGCCGCUGGAUAAACCAAACCAGCGAUGUAAAUAACAGCGACGGAGGCGGUGGAUCUAACAUGCCUAAUUCUAUCACAGCUUGACAUGAGAAAAUAAUACAUGGCAUCUGGGUUUAUCCCCUUGGCAAAACCACCGCGGCCGUCCUUUUAUGCGCGUCUCCGAAUUUGGCUUUGACAGCUCACCGGAUGUUUUUCUUAAUUUGACGCACGAACCUAAUCACACGACGGGCGGUUUUAUCUAAUAACCCACUUGGGAAAAACGGGUCAUUAUGACCUUAGUAUCCUCAUCUAAAAGAAAACCAUUGGAUUGUUUUUCCGCAGCAGCGUUCUGCUUGCAUUUCUUGCUGUGGAUUGUAUGCGCUGUGUCCAGAGAAGAGCAUCAUCAGUUCAGCGUUGAGGGAUGGCUACAGAAGUACGGCUACCUGCCCCACACAGACCCCAGAAUGGCUGUCCUGCGCUCAGCCCAGACCAUGCAGCAAGCCAUAGCAGCAAUGCAGCGCGUCUACGGCCUCAAUGUCACAGGGACACUGGAUGAGAGGACCACAUAUGAUAUCACACUAAGUUGGAUGAAGAGACCAAGGUGUGGAAAUCCAGACAAACUAAAGGGCAUUUCAAGGUCGCGGAAGCGGAGGUACGCACUGACGGGGCAGAAGUGGCAGCGAACACACAUCACUUACAGCAUAAAGAACGUCACGCCCAAAGUGGGCUCCAGGGAGACCCACGAUGCCAUCCGGCGUGCGUUUGACGUGUGGCAGGGGGUGACGCCGCUUCACUUUGAGGCCGUCCCUUACAGCGCCCUGGAGAGCGGCAGGCGUGAUGUGGACAUCACCAUCAUCUUCGCCUCAGGUUUCCAUGGCGACAGCUCACCCUUCGACGGUGAGGGCGGGUUCCUAGCUCACGCCUACUUUCCGGGCCCUGGGAUCGGAGGGGACACCCACUUCGACUCAGACGAACCCUGGACCCUGGGGAACCCCAACCACGAUGGUAAUGACCUGUUCCUGGUGGCAGUCCAUGAGCUGGGCCACGCCCUGGGUCUGGAACACUCCAAUGACCCCACAGCCAUCAUGGCUCCAUUCUACCAGUACAUGGACACAGAGAACUUCAAACUUCCUCACGACGACCUUCAGGGCAUCCAGAAAAUCUAUGGUACUGUACCAACAGGUCCACCAGACAGGGCUCUCCAGCCCACCAGGGCCCCACCCACGGCCCCUCCCCCACGCUUCCACUCCCCCUCGGAGCCCCGCAAGCACGACCGCCAGGUACGGCCCCACCGCCCGCCUCAGGGCGCCAAACCCUCCAACCCCUACGCCACGCCCAACAUCUGCGACGGAGGCUUCAACACUCUGGCCAUCCUCAGACAGGAGCUGUUCGUAUUCAAGGACCAGUGGUUCUGGAGGGUGAGGGACAACUCAGUGGUCCCUGGCUACCCCAUGCAGAUCAACUACUUCUGGAAAGGCCUGCCUGCCAAGAUCGACGCCGUCUAUGAAAACAGCGAAGGGAAGUUUGUCUUCUUCAAAGGGAACCGCUUCUGGGUGGUCAAGGACACUACUCUGCAGCCCACCUACCCUCAGGAUAUCUCUCUGUUUGGGAGCGGGAUGCCCACCCAGAGUAUAGAGACCGCCGUGUGGUGGGAGGAUGUGGCCAAGACAUACUUCUUCAAGGGAGACAGAUACUGGAGGUACAACGAAGACAUGAGGAACAUGGACCCUGGUUACCCCAAACCCAUCACGGUUUGGAAGGGCAUCCCUGACUCCCCUCAGGGGGCGUUUGUGGACAAGGCCAACGGAUUCACCUACUUCUACAAGGGGAAGGAGUACUGGAAGUUCAACAACCAGCGGUUGCGUGUGGAGCCGGGCUACCCCCGCUCCAUCCUGAGGGACUUCAUGGGCUGCGACGGCCCGCCGGCCGACCCCGACUGGGACUGGAGCCCCCCGGAGGUGGAGGAGCGCCACUCCGACAGCAGCAACGGUGAUGUGGACGUCGUCAUCAAGCUGGACAGCACAGGGGGCACAGAGAAUGCCGUGGCUAUCGCCAUCCCCUGCGUCCUGGCGCUGUGCAUGAUGGUCCUGCUUUACACCGUGUUCCAGUUCAGGAGGAAGAGCACGCAGAGACACAUACUGUACUGCAAGCGCUCCAUGCAGGAGUGGGUCUGAGCCAAACCUGAGAGGGGACUGGAACUGUAGGGGAGGUGUAUGGAACUUCCACUAGGGACUGUGGGAAGAGCUAUCAAACUCCUAUUGCUCUCUAGUUGUUAAACUAACUCCCUCUGUGGAUGGACUGUAUAUGCAGUACAGUAGAGGAGUCCUCCUAACAUGUUCCAAACUGUGCUUUGCCCUCUUUGUGACAUGCAAGGUGGAGCGAAGCGAGACGUCUUCAUUCAAGACUAUAAUGGACUGUGGCUGCCAAUUCCAACGAAGAUGUGUCUGAUUUAACUCUUGACUAUCAUUGGGUGCACUCAGUAGUUAUUGGAGAAAAAGGAAAGCUGUGUGGGACCCAUGUCUUUCUCUGUCUCUGCACGCCCCUAACAAGCCCUUACUACCUACAGUACAGUGGACCAUUUAGUAAUAGGCUACUACUUUUUAUUUUCAUGUCCUAGUAAAGUUCAAGUUGCCCAGACUCUGUGCUUUUUGAUUUAAUUCUCUUUCAAAUAUUAGUACUUGUGAGGUGGACUGUCUGAUACCCAAACCAAAUAUGACCUUUGACCUAUCUUCCCUUCCUAGUGCGGAUUACGACUCCGAGAGUCUUUGUUGGGAUGUUUAAUUCUAAUCUAUGGAUCUAACAUCAUCAUGACAUGAUAUCACGCUUACGUUUUCUUUGGCCAUGUCUUUUCCAUAUCUGCCCAUGGUCAUCCGUCUGGUCUGGUGUGCUCUCUGUCUGUCUGUGGUCUACGGGAAGCAGCAGCAGCUAGGAACAGAGCUGAGAACCGAAUAAGACUGUUGUGGCAGUCUGUCUCUAACACAGGGGGCCAAAACCAUCUCUGCAAUAUUUUGGAGACUGCCUUAAUCAUAGCUUACUUUUGUUAUGUUUCUUUGUGUGUGUGUGUGUGUGUGUGUGUGUGUGUGUGUGUGUGUGUGUGUGUGUGUGUGUGUGUGUGUGUGUGUGUGUGUGUGUGUGUGUGUGUGUGUGUGUGUGUGUGUGUGUGUGUGUGUGUGUGUGUGUGUGUGUGUGUGUGUGUGUUAACAUAUCUACUGUAUGUAGGCUCCACAGAUCUGUAUGAAGAUAGUGGUAGUGGGGUUUACUGUGUCCAUUUCUUAUUAACAUCUUUUGACAUGUUGUUCUUCUGACUGGCAGUGACAGCAGUUGGUUUUUCAUGUAUUCUUUUACAUGGUGUGAUAAAAAAAAAGUGAAAGAAAAAAGUGGCAAAAUCCUGGCUGUGAUCUGAAGUCAUAUACAGUAGGUACAGUCAAUGUGAAUAAAAUAUACAGUAGGUCCCAAGAAACAUGUUACAGUAUAUUGUCUCUGAAUUGCCCAUGGUUGCCCUCCAUGAUAUUAAAAUCAAUGUGGUUGUGUAAUGUCACGUUCCUCUCGACGUGUGUGAGAUGACUCAGUAUGUGAGAUUCCCGGUGAACGUGAAGAAACAUAUUUUUACAUUUUUAGGGAUUUGAGUUGCCCACAUUUGUGGUACUUCUUUUUUUGUUUUUACUUAAAAAUAUUUGAUAGAAUCAGGAUAAUGAACUCCAUAUCAACAGCUAUAUCAAUACCAUACAGUGCCUUGUGAAAGUCUACACACCCUUGUAAAAGUUUAACAUUUCGUGUUAAAAAGAGGUUAAAUUGGGAUUUUUUUUUGUGUACACAAUCUACUCCACAGCGAAAUAACAUGGCAAAGAAAUACACUUUUUGGCCUCAAUGAAAAAAAGAAGGUUUGGGGCAAAUCCAACACAUCACAGAGUGAAAAAGUGUUUUUCCAAGUAUUGUGGGGGCAAUAUCAUGUUGGGUAUGCAUGUCAUCGGCAAGAACUGGGGAGUUGGUCCAGAUCCCAAAAAUAUGAAAGGAACAAAGCCAAUGUAAAAAUGUUGAGGAAAAUCUGCCUCAGUCCUCUGAAGACCUAACACUGCAAUAUAAUUGUAUUUUUCAGUGGGACAAAUAAACACAUUUUAAGGCGAAA